AAAAUGCACUGCUUAAUACGCUCAAUUGAGUCCAUUAUGUGCGAAAUGGGCACAACAAAAGACUUUUGUUAUCUUCUCUUAACUAUUUAUAACUAUCGUCCAAUUUAUUUCGGUCAUAAAAAUAUCUCUGGCGCAAGUUUAAACUCGAGAUUAGUACUUCUGUCACGUUACGUAAAAAACGUAACGUAAGCCGUGCAAAAUGAAAACGGUUUCCGAUAAAUAAUCGAACGUUAACGGAAUGUUAUUUAACAUUGUGUUAUGUGCGGGUGAACUAUUAUCAAAUUGUCCGCAAAAACAUUUAAUGUUUUCGUUGAAAAUUGACUAAAACCGCACCGCAACCCGCGAUCGCUGGCGUGCCAUAAAGAGGCGCGUUAAUUAAAAUGAAAUUGCUGACAAAUUCCCGGCUUUUGCGACCGCUGCUUUUGCUGCGCCGCCAGAGGUCGCAUGACGCAAAAGCGGCACCGAAACCAGGAAGACCGGUUCCAACUGGUGACCAGUUGGACGAACUGGAGCGAAAUGUGAUAGUGCGCCAUCACAGGAACAACGUGCCACUGAUUCGAUCCCUUAUCCAGGAGGCUGAGGCUGGGGAUCAGGACAAAUUAUUCCAGUUGCAGGCUGAAUUGGAACAACUGCCCAAUCUCACACACCCUCGGUUGGAGGAUUACGGCGAGGAGCCUCGAGAACUGGCCAAUUACGUGCACCGGGAGCUGCCACCCCAGUCCAGCCUUAAGGAGUUUUCGGAACUGGCCCGUGCCCUCAAUCUCUACCGGAUGGAUCACUUGGGAAAUUAUACGGGGCACAAAAGUUAUUACCUAACUGGCCAACUGGCCACAUUAGAGCAGGCUCUUAUACAGUAUGCACUCCAGGCGGUGACUAAUCAUGGCUUUAAGCUGAUUUCCGUUCCGGACAUUUUACCUAAAGAGAUCAUCGAGUCCUGUGGGAUGCGAACCGAGGGCGAACGCACCCAGGUGUACAAAUUGGACAACGGCGAGUGCCUAUCGGGCACUUCGGAAAUGGCCCUGGCCGGAUUCUUUGCGAAUAAGCAACUGCAGGAGGAACAGCUGCCCCUCAAGGUGACCGCCGUGAGUCGUUGCUAUCGGGCCGAAACCUCAGGCCUGCAGGAGGAGAAGGGGAUUUAUCGAGUGCACCAGUUCACCAAAGUAGAGAUGUUUGCCAUUUGUACCGAGGAGCAGUCUGAGGCCGAGCUGGAGGAGUUCAAAAACAUAGAAGUGGAUCUAUUCCGGCGGCUUGGUCUCAACUUUCGAUUGCUGGACAUGCCGCCUUGCGAAUUGGGUGCUCCUGCAUACCAGAAAUACGAUAUCGAGGCCUGGAUGCCAGGCCGUCAGAUGUGGGGCGAGAUCUCCAGCUGCAGCAACUGCACGGAUUAUCAAGCCAGGCGCCUGGGCAUAAGAUAUCGCCGUUCCCGCGAUGGAAAGAUUCUUAAUGCCCACACUAUCAACGGAACCGCGACGGCCAUUCCUCGUCUGCUGAUUGCUUUGCUGGAAUCUUAUCAGAGGGGAGAUGCCAUCGAAAUACCUGCCGUGUUAAGGCCAUUUUUGGACGACCAAGAGCUGAUCACGCGGAACAAACGGAUACCCGAGACGAAGCUGGUGAAGUUCAUCAAGGCCUAGACUAACCACAUUUUGUACCUUUGACUGUUAUCAUUAAACCGUUGGCCUUAUCAACGAAA